GCUAUUCUGAUGCUCGUGACAGGAAUAAUGGAGAUGAAACACGCCGAUAUGUAUAUCGACAUUACCGAAUUUACUGACGAAGAAAUAUUGGAGCAUCCUAUCUUCAUUCAUAAUUUUGUAAUGUGCAUAUUAUCGAUCUUCGUUAUGACUCUGUAUCUAAUUCAAGCGUGGGUUCUCUUCGACCAAUGGCAGUGGAUUCGAAAGGAGCAAGAUAGUAGUGGAUCUUGCGGUUCCAAGUCUAGCAUAGACACUGACGAAAGCGGUCAUUCUGUAAUAGAAGAAAAGAUCAGUGAACACGAUUCUGAUCAAGAGAUUGAAGAACUGGCGCCAAUUCCUACACUGAAAGAGUUGAUCGCCCGCACUGAGAUCAUAGAUAGUGCUGUAAGAAUGAGCUGAGAAAUUUACCGUUUAUUCGCAAUUCUAGCAACAUCUUGGAUCUUGAAAUGUGCCAUGUUUUCCUGCACUGAAUAAAAAAAAGGAAUGUUCUGUGUCUAGAUGCAGGAUAACCCCUGAUUUCCAUGCAUGUGUUACCAUAUGUCAAUCUCUAUGAGUU